GUGUACUACCUUUGUGUUUGUUGAGACCAUCUGAUUUCUUCAACAGUAUUAACUAUCGACUGUAUUGGCCCUCUGAGACUCAGCCUUAUAACCCGUACAAUUUUUCUGUUGCUAUGUCGGUCCAACCAGUUCCUAUCAAUGUCUAUACGUCUUCCACCAGCACCAUCAACGGCAAUGUCAACCAGAUGAAUCUCAUUGGAAACGGUCAUAUGGGGGCCACGUUGAUGGAUAGAAUCGUCAUGUCGCUCAAGUCAAAUGUCGCUUCCGAAGUAGAGUGGGCGUUGGCGUCAACCUACCAGCAGUCUUUUGUGGCUCCCGAUACGAUAGAUUUCGAGAAAAACGAGUACUUGGGGAAACAAUUGAUCAAGUACUUUAUGGUUCCAUUUCGGUUGAUCCAAGACGGCAAGGCCGAUGAAAUCUCCAACUCAACCGUCAACUUGAGCUUGGAUGCUUUAUUGAGUAUCAGGAAUUCCAUUCAAGAUAUCACCAACCAGCAAUGGCUUUCACAAAUCUAUGAGUUCAAGCAGGACCUCGCCGAUGUACUCAAGCUCUUGGUGGAGUGGAUUUACAAAGAUGGCCCUGGAUUUAGCUUGGGUAGGUACAAAGACCAAUUUGUCGAGUACCUUUUCCACACCAUCGAUAUUUUGGACACCUUGACAUGUUACUAUAUCAAUAACCCAAAGACUGACGAGUUGUUUAACCUCAUGUUGUUUAUUUCCACCAACUCGUCUGACAAGUACUUGAUUAUUGGCUCUUUGAAUUGUUUAACUCACUUGUUAUUUACCAAGGCCGAUACCAUUUCUGAUAACGAGAACAAAGAGUUUAACAACCAAAAUAAUGCUAAAUCAGGCGAUGAAAGUUUGGUACCGCUUUACGACAACUGUAUCGACAACUUUACAGAAGAGCAUCUUGAGCACUUUUUGAAUUACUUGUUGCUCAAUGACCCAAAAUUGAAUGUUUCGGUAUUGGACUUCAUAAAACAGUACUUGAACUCGGGUGCUUCUGAUAAGAACCAAAGCUUAAAAGAGUCUAAGUUCAACCGAUUGAGUACACUCUUACAAAUCAACUCGAGCAAGAAGAAUUUGCACACUUUGUUAAAACAAUUACCCGUGUUGUUGACUACAGACGUGAUGUUGAACGAACCGAUAACCGAACAUAAAAUCGAAGAACACUUGGCCAAGAGAUCAAACCACUCCAGUGUUCCCCUGGAACCACCUUUAUUGUCUUCAAACUUGUAUGAUAUAAUUUCCAAAUUUCCCGAGCCAAUGAGAUCGAGUGUUUGGUUGAGAUGCUGCUAUGAACCUAUCUUCAACGAUAGCUACGAUGAUGACACCCCCAGCGAAGGUGUCAUUGGUGAAGUCACCCAGAUUUCUUUGUGGAAGGCCUACGAGAAACAAUUUGAACCCAUCUGGAAAAACAAGUUGGCUGAAUUUCCUGAAUUAUUACCAGCAGUCGACUUUAUCAAGAAUGUGACGAAUGCAUUUCCGAACUCUGAAGCUAUGGUGGUGAUGUUGAAAAACGUAGAGCCCCCUAAGAAAAAGUUCAUCAUCAGAGGCAUUCAGCCCAGACAAUUUGCGGUUGACAUUGAUGUUGCCAAUUAUGAGGCAUUGAAGAAGAAAGUGGUGGUGGACAAGAGGGAUAUAAACGAACAAUUGCCUAUCGGCUCGAUUGAUACUGCCAAGUUCCAACAGUCAUUAGAGCUGUUAAAUAGCAAGAUCUUGUUCAGUUCCACGGGAUUGAAAUUGAACAAAAUCAAUCUACUUGCCAAAGAUAUCUUGGACUACAUAAUAAGCCAGUUUCAGCAGUUCCCCAAUGCCGACGAGUUGGUCAAUAUUUUCAGGUUAUACAAUCGCAGCUGGUUGUUGCAAGUGGUAUAUUCCAAUCCGGUGCUCGUGGAGAUCGACUUGGUUGGCCACGAGUAUAUCAAGUACUUGAUAUAAUUUGUGUUUAUAGAAUAUAAAAUUCUCAGUGCGCA